AUGAGGCUCUCGUCUGCUGGUUUUAAUCAGCAGUCACCUGAAGGGGAGAAUAGAUGUCUGAAUUCUGAACUUUGGCAUGCAUGUGCGGGUCCUCUUAUAUCUUUGCCUGCUGUGGGAAGCCGUGUCGUAUACUUCCCUCAGGGUCACAGCGAGCAGGUUGCUGCAUCAACCAACAAGGAAGUGGAUGCUCAUAUCCCUAAUUAUCCAAGCUUACCUCCACAACUUAUCUGUCAGCUUCACAAUGUGACCAUGCACGCUGAUGUGGAGACAGAUGAGGUCUAUGCUCAGAUGACCUUGCAACCACUGAGCCCACAAGAGCAAAAGGAGGCCUUCCUUCCAGCUGAUUUGGGUGUCCCCAGCAAACAGCCGACAAAUUACUUCUGUAAAACAUUGACAGCAAGUGACACAAGUACUCAUGGGGGAUUUUCUGUUCCUCGCCGUUCAGCUGAAAAAGUGUUUCCUCCACUGGACUUCUCCCAGCAACCUCCAGCCCAGGAGUUAAUCGCAAGGGACUUACAUGAUAAUGAAUGGAAAUUCAGACACAUAUUUCGUGGGCAGCCAAAGAGGCAUCUCCUUACAACUGGAUGGAGUGUGUUUGUUAGUGCAAAAAGACUUGUUGCUGGUGAUGCAGUCCUUUUCAUAUGGAAUGAGAACAACCAAUUGUUUCUUGGUAUUCGGCGUGCCAAUCGUCCACAGACAGUGAUGCCUUCUUCAGUUUUAUCAAGUGACAGCAUGCAUUUGGGACUUCUUGCUGCUGCAGCACAUGCAGCUGCAACUAACAGCCGUUUCACCAUAUUUUACAAUCCUAGGGCUAGUCCAUCAGAAUUUGUUAUACCUCUGACCAAGUAUGUUAAAGCGGUCUAUCAUACACGAGUUUCGGUUGGUAUGCGCUUUCGGAUGCUGUUUGAAACGGAAGAAUCAAGUGUCCGUCGCUACAUGGGAACGAUAACUGGCAUAAGUGACUGGGAUCCUGUUCGUUGGCCAAACUCACAUUGGCGCUCAGUGAAGGUUGGCUGGGAUGAGUCUACCACUGGGGAGAGGCAGCCCCGAGUGUCCCUAUGGGAGAUUGAACCUUUAACCACAUUCUCCAUGUAUCCAUCCCCAUUUCCCCUCAGACUCAAGCGACCAUGGCCUCCAGGAUUACCCUCUUUCACUGGAAUGAAGGAGGAUGAACUGGGAAUGAAUUCACAGCUUAUGUGGAUUCGUGGAGAUAAUGGAGACCAUGGAAUCCAAUCUCUCAACUUUCAGGGAAUUGGGGCCACACCAUGGAUGCAGCCAAGGCUUGAUGCUUCCAUGCUUGGUAGGCAAACUGAUAUUUACCAAGCUAUGGCUGCGGCACCUCUUCAGGAGGUGAGGGCUGUGGAUCCUUCCAAACAUGCACUUCUUUCGCUUCUGCAGUUCCAGCAGCCCCAAGGUGGCAGACUUGCUGGUCUUGGUCAGCCUCAGAUCUUGCAGCAAUCGCUGCCUCAGAUCUUGCAGCAAUCUCUGCCUCAGAUCUUGCAGCAGCAAUCUCAGCCUCAAUGUACCUUUAUUCAAAGUGUUCCAGAAAACCAGUCCCAGACCCAUACUCAGGCUCAGUCUCAGACUCAUAUUCUUCAACAACCAUUGCCGCAGCAGAACUCCUUCAACCAGCUGCAGCAGCCACUUCCACAACAACAGCAGCAGCAGCCACUGCCACAACUGCAUCAACCACAACUGGUUGAUCGUCAGCAGGUUUCAAGUGUUGGCCGUGGUAUGUAUCAACAUGCCUCAAGCUCCCAAGCCCAGUCACCUUCACUGCGAACCAUCAGUUCCAUGCAGCAGCAGAGCUUUUCUGAUUCAAAUGGGAAUCCUUCAACCAAUGCUAUUGUGUCGUCUCUGCAAAAUCUUACGGGUUCAUUCCCCCAGGAUGAAACAUCCCACCUUCUCAACUUGUCUAGGUCCAGCACAUUAUUAUCAUCUGCCGGCUGGCCACCAAAGCGAGUUGCAGUUGAUCCUCUUCUUUCUUCUGGAGCAACACAAUGUAUUCUGCCCCAAGUCGAACAUUUAGGACCACCCCAUAUGAAAAUCUCUCAGAAUUCUGUUUCAUUGCCACCAUUUCCUGGAAGGGAGUGUUCCUUUGACCAAGAAGGGAGCAUUGAUCCCCACAGCCACCUAUUAUUUGGAGUUAAUAUAGACUCCUCAUCACUUCUCAUGCAGAAUGGGAUGUCUACCCUUAGGGGCGUCCGUAGCGAUACUGAUUCUACUACUAUGCCCUUUGCUUCUUCCAGUUAUAUGAGUUCUACGGGCACCGAUUUUUCACCUAAUCCGGCAAUGACGCCAUCUAGUUGCAUUGAUGAAUCGGCUUUCCUGCAAUCUCCUGAAAACAUGGGACAAGCAAACCCACCAACCAGAACCUUUGUUAAGGUUCACAAGUCAGGGUCCUUUGGAAGGGUACUAGAUAUCGCCAAGUUCAGCAGCUACCAUGAGCUGCGCAGUGAGCUUGCUCGAAUGUUUGGCCUUGAAGGCCAAUUGGAGGACCCCCUGAGAUCAGGCUGGCAGCUUGUAUUUGUUGACCGGGAGAAUGAUGUUCUUCUCCUUGGUGAUGACCCCUGGCAGGAGUUUGUAAACAGUGUCUGGUGUAUCAAGAUACUCUCGCCCCAAGAAGUGCAGCAGAUGGGCAGAAGUGGUCUUGAGCUUCUGAACUCUGUCCCAAUUCCAGGGCUUCCCAAUAACAGUUGCGAUGAAUAUGUUAGCGGUCAAGAGUCGAUGAAUUUGAGCUCCGGGAUCACAUCUGUGGGGUCUUUGGAUUACUGAAACAAUUUAACCAGUUAAGCUACCUUUCCCUCUAUUGUAAUAUUAGUAUUUCUUCCAACACCUGUAUGGUGGGAAGAAAUGCCUGAUUCUAGUAUGAAGCUUCUAUGAAAGCUGACACUGUAAGUAUGAUGAGAUAUCUUCCUCUUUCUAUGCUUUAAAUGUUGAGCCGCAUUUUGUAGGAGACUACUCUCUCUAUAGAAUCAUAGAUAGCUGUUGUGUUUAGGAAAAAAUUGUAGGUGAUCUCCCUGCGGUUUGUCUUAGUAAUAUACUACCUUCUUGUUUUUUGGAAACCUCCGCAUACUUUCUAUGGUUUUGGACCAAUUUGAAACUGCUUGGAGCUCCAUGAAAACAAACCGUCAACUAUCAAAAGUCGAUAUUUCUAUAUUGAAAUGACUUUUAUACCAUUG